AUGAUGCUACGCGCCCCUUCGCAUCUUCAUGGAAAACUAUUUCUCUUCGUCUUUGUCUUCAUCUUCUUUUCGUCAGUUUUAGCAGCCGAAGAGGAAAUUUUAGAACGAGGAGAUGAAGCGAAGGACAGUAUUUCUAAAAGAAUACUCGAGCACCAAGAGCGCGCGUUCGCGACCGAAAACAACCGAGGCGAUAACUUCUCUGGAUUCGUGCAGUCUUUACUGGUGAUGCUUUCGCUUGAGUUCGGAGACAGGACGUUUUUCAUCGCGUGUUUAAUGUCCGGGAAAUACGAUUCAAAGGAAGUCUUUUUUGGCGCAAUUAUGGCGCUUUGGCUGAUGACGUUCGUUUCGGUCGUGAUCGGGAUCGAAGCGGCGUCGAUGAUUCCGAGAAAAGUCAUGCACUACGGUUCGGUGUGUUUGUUCGUGUUUUACGGCCUUUACAUGCUGUAUAGCGCGAGUCGGAUGAAGGAUACCGAAGAGGGGGAGGAGAACGAGGAGCUGAAAGAGAUCGAAGAAGAUUUGAACUCGAGAGCACCGAUGUUAGAAAAGGACGUAGAGAGCGGCAACGAAAACGAGAACAAAAAGAAGAAAGGUGGUAAUUUUUACGAGUGCUUGUGUAACGGCGUGUGGAUGCAAGCUUUCACGCUGACGUUCAUCGCCGAGUGGGGCGACCGAAGUCAAAUAGCCACGGUAGCGUUAGCUGGCGAUUACGAAGCGUACGGCAUAGUGUUUGGUUGUUUCUUAGGUCACGCCAUUGCCACGGGGACGGCCUGCAUAGGGGGGAAAUACAUCGCGAAUAAGUUUUCAGAGAAGAAAAUGACCAUCCUGGGCGGUUCGGUGUUUCUUACCUUCGCGGCGGUGACGUUGUUACAAGAUCCCAAUGCAAAAAUGGAAAAAGUAGAUUGGCGUCCGAAUUGGAUGGUUGCAGACGCUGCAAACUAG